GUAAUCCGCCAACAGGAACACAUCUUCUGUAUAAGAAACCUUUCAUUCGUACUCUUAAUCAAGAACGAUCUACCUGUAUGUAUCGAUGAUGGCUCAACCGAGCUAUGCACCUUUAUCCUCUCCAAUCUCUGUGAUAGGGUCUCGGUUCAUGGUGCCAUAUCAAUUUGAUAUUAUAAUUGAUAGAAAUUCAAAAGGAAACCUUGUGAUUACUGAUACGAACCAUAAAAUCUUGCUCAAAGUGAAACCAUGUGAUGCAUCUUAUCAACAGGUGCUACUCGAUGUUGAUGACAAACCCAUUGUUAUGAUGCGUAAGAAGAUCAUGAGUGAACACGAUAGAUGGCAUGUAUUCAGGGGUGACAGUAAAAGCAAAUCGGACAUGGUAUUUACCACAAAAACACCUCACGUGAUCCAAUUUAAGACCAAUGUACAUGUGUUCUUGGCAAAAAAAAUCAGUAGUAAAGAUGUUUGUGAUUUCAAGAUAAAAGGAAGCUGGUCGAAGAGAAACUGCACUAUUUCUAUGGGAGAUACUUCAACAACUAUAGCCCAAAUGAAUAAAAUGCAAUCAUCUGAGAAUAUAAAGUUGGUUAAGAGCAAAUUCAUGGUGACAAUUUAUCCCAAUGUUGAUUACGCCUUUGUGGUUACACUUAUAGCUAUUGUUGAGGCUAUGAAAAGCUCUAACACAAAAGGUGAAGUUGCUGCGGAAGCUACUGGAUCAGGGGUGGCUGAAGUACUUCUCGGUGCAAUUUUUUCGUAGUCAUAUUUGUUGCAUUCUCUAUGCCUAAAUCCCCCUGAAUUGUUUCACGGAAUGAUAUCAUUUACCAUGGCUAUGGAUAUUGUAUGAUUAGAAAUUAAAACAGACACCGAUCAGGCCCAAUCCAAUAGGGUGCGCAAGUUGGGCAACGACCCCGAGCCUCACUAUGGUUCGGGCCCAAAAUUAAUUCUAUUUCAUUUUGUAUAUAUAAGUUUUGUUAACAAAUUUAUCAGUAUGAUACAAUUUUUUAGGUCGUUGCAUAUGUUAUUGAUACUGCAUGAUCGAAUAUCCUAUAUGUAAUUUUUAUGCAUUUGCCUUA